AUGGAAGAAAUAAUUGAAGAAAAUAUAAAUAAAGAUUCAAGAUUAGUUCAAUCAAAAACUUCAAGUAAUAUUUAUAAAUCUGAUGUUUGGGAUUAUGUUAAUGAAGAAACUCGUAAAUGUUCUAGAUGUCCAAAAAUAUUUGCACCAACUACAGCUACUACUUCUAUUCAUAAAGAUUGGAAUAUAUUUAAACAGUUAAUUCAAUUAUUAGCACAAUUUAAUGAUGCUACUAUUGAACUUUCUUCACAGAAAUAUCCUACAAUAGCAUAUGCACAAAUAAUUUUAUUAUCAAUUAGAAAUGAAUUAGAAUCUAAUCAAAAUAAUGAAUACCCUUUAACAAUAGUUAUUGAAGAAAUGUUAUCUAAAUUUAUUGAAUAUUAUAAUACAAUAGUAGGAUCUUUUCAUAUUGCAGCUUUUUUAGAUCCUAGAUAUAAAAAAUACUGUUUUCCAAAUAUGGAUAAUAAUGAAAUUUUAGGUCCAAUUAGAGAAAAAUUAGAACAACAACCAUCUUUACCAGCACAACCAUCUAAAAAAUCUUCAAGUUUUUAUCAAAAAUUAAAAAGUACAUCUCAAAAUCUACAAUUAAUAGAUGAUGAAUAUAAAUUAAAAUUAUAA